CGUUCCUCAUAGGUCGAUCUGGGUAACGCGCAUUUUGCGUGCGCGUGCAGGUUUCCCUAUAAUAAACAGUCAUUAUCAAUAUUAUUAUUAACGCAAACGAAAGGUCAAUCGCGAAUAUUCUUGUAGACAAGUGUGCUGUUUCUCAAUACGAUAGGCAUUUGAACUUUCUAGACUACCGUUUAAAGAGAUAUAAAAGAGACAAAAUGGCUGAGAUGGCGAUGGGCAAAGGGGUUUCUGCAGGAAAAAUAGCCAGUAACGUGCAGAAAAAAUUAACCAGGGCUCAAGAAAAGGUUCUGCAGAAACUUGGCAAGGCAGAUGAGACCAAAGACCUUGCAUUUGAAGAAGGAGUGAUUAACUUUAACAAACAGCUAGCUGAGGGCAGCAAACUGCAGAAAGAUCUGCGAGCCUAUUUGGGUGCUGUGAAAGCGAUGCACGAGUCCUCCAAACGACUGCACGAGUGCCUAGUUGAUAUGUAUGAACCAGAGUGGGAUGGAAAAGAUGAAAUGGAUUCUGUUGUAGAGGAUUCAGACCUCCUGUGGACAGAUUUUCACCAAAAACUAGUGGAUCAUGCUUUAAUCUCCAUGGACACUUACUUGGGCCAAUUUCCUGAUAUUAAGGCCCGAAUAGCGAAGCGUGACAGAAAGCUGGUGGACUAUGACAGUGCCCGUCACACAUAUGCUGCAGUUAACAAGGGCAAGAAGAAGGAAGGAGGGAUUAAAAUUUCUAAGCCUGCGACUUUGUUGGAGAGGGCCACUCCGGGAUGGGCACAAGGAAUUCUAUCUGCUCAUAAUAUCGCUCAGACCAACCUGACCAGGAGUCAGGCAGAAGAAGAGUUAGAGAGGGCACAGAAGGUAUUUGAGGAUAUCAACAUUGAUCUUCAGGAGGAGCUGCCAUCGCUUUGGAACAGUCGUGUUGGCUUCUAUGUAAACACCUUCCAGAGCGUGUCUGGUCUUGAGGAAAAGUUUCACAGAGAAAUUGGAAAGCUGAGCCAAAAUAUGUAUGAUGGACUGGUGAAACUGGAGAAUCAGGAAUUGUCCAGUGAUGGAAAUGAAGAUACCAAUCACACCCUGAGUCCAGCAGCACCAGCUAUCCCCAAGUCUCCAUCUAAGCUGAAACCUGCUGUUCCUCCACCACCUAAAGUCACUCCAUCCAAAGAUCUGAAGCAGGAUAACAUUAUUAAUCUGUUUGAUGAUGCUUCUGCUGUUGGCAUUAGUGUUACGUCUCCGACACAAUAUGACGCACCAGUUUCUAGUAAUCUUUUAGACAUGGACUUGGACUCACUGCAGGCAGCUACCACACCUGUAGCCUCUGCUUCAGCACAGAACUGGGAUUCAUGGGAGCAAACUGAAAGCCAUACUGAAGCUGCUCAGUCAUGGGAUGAUGAUGGUAGUCAGCCUGUGCUUACUGCCCCGCCUGUUUAUACUCCCUGGGAUGAUGAAGGCAGCCAACCAGUACAUGAUCCAGCUACAGAGCCCACUUGGGAUGAUGAUGGGUCCCAGCCGGUGAAGGCUGAGGGUUGGCAGAGUGAUGGGGCUCAGGCACCGGAAACUACAGUUAACACAGAACAGCCCGCAUCGACAGCAGUAACGACUACAGAGAGCACAGAAAUGCCACAAAACUUCCUGUUCAAAGUACAAGCGAUGCAUGAUUAUGCUGCCAAUGACUCAGAUGAGCUGGAGAUGAAAGCAGGAGAUGUGGUGCUUGUGGUGAUGUAUGAUAACCCAGAUGAACAGGAUGACGGUUGGUUGAUGGGGAUAAAAGAGGUUGACUGGAUUCAGAUGAAGGAUCAGGGCAAAACAGGAGUGUUUCCUGAGAACUUCACACGGAAAAUUUGAAAGCCAGGAUAUGACUUUUUGCCAUUUGCUCUUCUUUUCCUGAUUUCUUUUUUUCAUCUUCACCUUCUCUGGCUGCUCUUGGAGAAGAGAGGUAUGCGAAUUAUUACUGCGGCAACACAGGCAGCCCACAUCAUCACACGGGACUCAUGUAUAUAGUAUUCUGUUUCUGAUACACAGGGGUUAUUAGACUUUGUCAGUAUAUUGAGUAUUUGGUCUGUAUUUAAUUCAUUGAAGGCUCUCUGAAAUGUGUUGAAAUAUUGUACACAGCUUAUGUUAUAUGUCCCAGUCUGAAUAUUACACAUAUCCAUCUCAUCUUUCAAGUCAUUUCUUAUCUGACAAGUCAGAACACAACAGGAAGAUGAAUAUGUGAAGCCAGUAAAUAAUAUCUAUGAGUAAUAUUUUAUAUAAUACAGAUGAGAAAGUCUGCAUGAUAUUCCUUGAGUAGAUAUAAUCACAUCACAGCUGAGAAGCAGGAUGACUUUAGCAUUAUUUUAGGACAAUUUAGCAUUAUAUUUGGUACAGAUUCUAACUAGAAAGACCUCAAAGUACUCAAAUUUAUUGUCAUGCUAUAAAAAGCUCCUAAUAUAUGCAGCUAACCACUGACAUAUGCAGCUAAUUUAGACAGUAAGAAGCAGAUAUUCUCCUCAGGAUACUGUGCCUAGUCUGGCCCUCAGACAUUCUUAGGCAAUGUUGCCUCAUUUCUUCAUUUCUUUAUUAAAUUGUUUUAAAAUGUAUAUGUAGUAAUACACCAGAUGCCAGUGACCCCUUUUCUUGAGAUAUGUGAUUAUGCAAUAACCUAUUGACUAAACUUACUUCUUCUGCCACAAGAUUUAUUGAGAUAUUCACAUUUGUUGUGUCCGAAAGUUUCUGCUGUGAUUUGUAUUUAAUUAAUUCUAUGGUGCAUCAUUCAACCAGAAAUAUGCAUUAUAUUUGUUCAACCCUCUUUCUCAACGUUUAUAGUUUUAUUUUUAUACAUUGCGAAUAAAAUUAGAGUAAAAAAGAUCCUGGUGAGUGUGUAAAGUGCCAUGGACUGGACUCUUAGAGUGGACUGGAUUGCUUAAUAAUCCACAGGCCUCUCUGUUUUGUUGUGUUUGAGUUCUUUCUGGAUGCACAUCCUGUGUGUUAGUUCAUUUGGAACCGUAAUUUCCCUUGUGUGUCACUGUAUAUCUGAUGUAAACUUUAACCUCGUCACGAUCUGCACAGAGGAAGAGAUAAUCUAGUGCAGUGUGUUCUGAGAGAAAGUGUUGUUUUUCUUGCUUCUUAUUGAUCUUUCUUCAUUAAGACACUUCUAAUGAACAAGCAUGAAAGAACUUCAUCCAAUCAAGCGUUGGUGUGUAGUCUAAUUUUUUUUUGUAAUGCUUUAGUAAAAAUGAAAUUACAUCUCACUGAAGGAGGAUAAGUGAAUUACUGAAGCACUUGACGAAGUUCUAGUUGAUAGGAUUUGAUUAGAUUUCAUUAGAGAAAACACUUAGGGGUAGAAAACACCCUUAUUCCUCAUGUACUUCAUUAUAAGAGUGUAUGUGCUUCGAUUCUUGUGCCAGUGCAUUUGUAAAUGUGUAAACAGUGACAUUUUGUUGUGCUUCACUGAUGAAGACAUAAUAUUCUACAGUACACAUAUCUACAGUAUACACGUGACCAUUGUGUGAAUGAGAUCUAAGCAUGCUUAACUCCAUGUUCAGUGUGUAGACAUAUUCAUGUUCUCUUGUUGAGGUGGGUUUCUUGUUCAGGUCCUCUUUCUGCCUCUAAGCCAUGAAUAUUCUUCUAAAUCUGUGUAGCUUACUGUCAAGUCAGCUCUAAUAAAUGUUGAUUUAAUCCUA